AUGCCUCUUUCGAUUGAAACGAGUGCUUCUCUCCAACAACCACGCGAGAACGUAUUUUUGCUUACAGUCAUCGUAAACGUGAUCGAUGCAUUCGGACAUGCACAUCCAGCGCGAGCAUUGUUGGACAGUGCAUCGCAGCCGAAUCUAAUUUCAGAGCGUGUCGCACGAAUUCUUCGUAUGAAAAGGAGUCCCGUUAACAUUACUGUUCAAGGUGCCGGUCAGCUAUCCAAGGCGAUACGUGAAUCGGUAUACGCCCAGAUCACUUCAAGAAAAGAGGAUUUUUCGUGCGGCGUUAACUUUCUUGUGAUGGAUAAGGUCACCGCCGACCUACCUGCACAAACCAUCGAUACAAAGAUGUGGAAUAUUCCAAAGGACCUGUUCCUGGCGGACCCAGCAUUUCACAAAAGCCAGACAAUCGAUAUGGUCAUCGGCACUAAACACUUUUACUCUUUCUUCCCAACCGCGUCUCGAAUACAGCUGCACGGCAAUCUUCCGUUAUUAGUAGAUAGCGUUUUCGAAUGGAUUGUGGCAGGCUCUACGGGUUCAGCUUUCUCUAUACCAAGCUUAACAUGUACCUCCAACUCUUGCAGUGUAGUAGCUGUAUCGAUGGUCUCUUUGGAGGAAAGUCUAGAACGAUUCUGGCAAAUGGAGGAACUAACUACCAAGGACAACUAUUCCACCGAAGAACGCCAUUGUGAGUCCUUUUACCAGUCAACGGUUGCGAGAAAUUCCGAAGGACGAUAUAUAGUUCGUUUACCCAGAAAGCAAGACUUCGCCGUUAUGCUAGGCCAGUCUAAAACAAACGCAUUGCGCCGAUUCGAAUUUCUAGAGAGACGUUUGGAACGAGACUCCAGUUUGAAGCAGGAGUACCACCAAUUCAUGCAGGAGUACCUCCAGCUUGGGCACAUGCAGCUGGUCAAACCCGAAGAUACUAGCUGUGGUAUAGAAUACUACUUACCCCAUCACCCAGUAGUUAAAGAAUCCAGCACGACGACAAAGGUUCGCGUCGUAUUUGACGGCUCAGCAAAAACUUCCACUGGAUUUUCGCUCAACGAUGCUUUUUGCGUCGGACCAGUGGUUCAGGAUGACCUACUCGCCAUAAUUCUUCGCUUCCGUACAUACCCGAUCGCCCUCGUCGGAGACGUGACAAAAAUGUACCGACAAGUUCUAGUGCACCCCAACGAUACUCCAUUGCAGCGCAUUUUAUGGCGGUUCUCUCCAGAAUCGCCUAUUCAAACGUACGAAUUGCGUACUGUGACCUACGGUCUAGCUCCGUCCUCCUUUCUCGCAACACGCACGCUUCAGCAAUUGACAAACGACGAAGGAGGAUCGUAUCGAUUUGGCAGCAAGGCUUUACGAAAAAAUUUCUACGUCGACGACUUCAUCGGCGGGGCAAAGUCGGUAGACGAAGCCAUUCACCUCCGCACAGAACUUAGCGAAUUACUCGAGAAGGGAGGAUUUGAACUUCGUAAGUGGACAUCAAAUCGGCUUCAUGUUCUGCAGGGAUUGAACGACGAUCAAAUUGGCACCCAAUCUACAUUACAAUUCACCCCCCAUGAAACAAUAAAGGCGCUUGGAAUUAACUGGGAGCCGGAAGGAGAUUUUCUACGGUUCGAUUCGCAUGUGCAGCAUCGCGAUGAAGCACCUACCAAACGUUCCAUUUUAUCGGAUAUUGCGAAAUUAUUCGACCCACUUGGCCUCAUUGCUUCGGUCAUAGUUAGAGCCAAAAUUCUAAUGCAAGAGAUGUGGUUAUUAUCGACUGGUUGGGAUGAGCCAGUUCCUGAAAACGUUUGUCAUAAGUGGAAUAAAUAUCAUCAGGAGCUGCCCAAAAUCUCUGCCUAUCGAGUAACCCGCUAUGUAUUCCUUCCACAAUCAACCAUACAGUUGCAUACAUUUGCAGAUGCAUCCGAAUCGACAUACGGUGCAUGCACAUACGCCCGCUGUAAAGACGAAAUGGGAAACGUAAGAAUCCAGCUUCUCGCCGCCAAGUCACGAGUCGCCCCACUAAAGCGUCUCACCCUUGCCCGUCUUGAACUUUGCGCUGCUGUUUUGGCUUCGCAUCUGCAUGAUCGCAUCAAGCAGGCCAUAGAUGUUGAAGUUUCUGCCUCGUACUUCUGGUCGGACUCCGCCGUCACGCUGCAGUGGAUUCGAUCACCUCCAAACACUUGGCAAACGUUCGUAGGGAAUAGAGUCUCUGAGGUGCAGCAUUAUACCCAUGGCUGCCAGUGGAUGCACAUAUCUGGUUGCGAAAAUCCGGCUGACCUAGUAUCCCGUGGAAUGUCGGUAGAAGAUUUUCUGAAAAGUACGUUGUGGGACCAAGGCCCCCGCUGGUUGUCACUGACCGAAGGAGAAUGGAAAACUCGUACCCCGCCAAUUGUUGCUGAUGAUGUACUCGAAGUGCGACACGUCGUAGCAGCUGUGCAAUUGAACACAUCGGUCAAUCCGUUAUUUCUUCGCUGGUCAUCGUUCACUCGCCUGCUUCACGUCAUUGGAUACUGUAUCCGUUUUAUAGCCAAUACACGUACAAGAACCAGAACUCAGCCUCCCCCCACAUCGAAUCCAGCGAGAACAUUAUCUGUGGAAGAGUUAUCGAAAGCCAAAACGUUAAUAGUUCGACUUGCACAACAAGAAGCCUUCGCCCCAGAAAUCAGAGAGCUGUAA